AUGGGUCGGAAUUUGGGAAUAACCUCGGAGAUACCCAUGCCACAUGACUUCGACUCUACCACCGCUUCUCCAGUCGAUCCAAGACUGGAGAGCGACCAGAACCCCAACAUUAGCGAGAUGCUUCAUCAAUUUAACGAGAAAUACUUUGCAAGAAGGCUUAAGGGAUACACCAUGAGAUGGAACUCCCAACUGAAAGUAGAGUAUGAUAGAUGUAAUUACCAUACAAACACAAUUCACGUCUCGAAGGGUCGCCACGAGAGCCAAAGGAGAUCUGUCCUGGUGAAGACAAUACUGCACGAAACUAUCCAUGCGUAUUUGGAUAAAACUGGACAAGACAGGGCAGAAAACUCCGCCCACAGUCGAGCAUUUCGAGCGGAAAAGCGGAGAAUCUCGGUCCAUAUCGGGGAGGACAUUGAUAACGAAGAGGAUGUGGACCUGGAAAUCGCCAAGAAGUUAAUCCUCGUAUAUUGCUGCAAACGGUGCGGUAGGAGGGUCCAAAGGGGAAUCGAUCAAGCACCCCAGAACGAAAUGUUGCCGGAUAUACAAAAACAUAAGCAGAAAUGCUCCGGCACAUUUGAAAAACUAUAA